UCUCUCCGGUAUUUCCAGCGUCUGCAAUUCAUAAAAUCGUGAUUUUUUUCUGUGGGAAAAUGAAAUAACGGCUCGCAGUGUUAAUGAUUUUGGCCUGAUCAUCACAAGACGUUUAGGCAUGUGAUAUUGAUCAGACUGAGAUGGACCUCCAGCAUUGGGCGGCAAAUCCAACUAGCAGCUUACGCUUCCGUGCUUUACAAGGAUGUAGUGUACAGUUGCCGCCGCAGAAAUGGUUCAUGUUUAUAACUGCCACCCGUUCGCGUCGCAGCAGAUCGUUGCGGCGGAACAGGAGCCCGGGCUGGUGUGCUGCGGCGGCGGGGCGCUAUUCGUGGUGUCCGCCGGAGGCUGUAAGAUCGAGGCGUAUGACUUGCAGCGGGAGGGAUGUCCGCUCAUCUGCCGCUUCAGUAGCAUGGGAUCUGUGCACAGCAUUCGACACAGUGCCGUGGGGGACUAUCUAGUGACCAUUGAGGAGAAGAACAAAGCGACGUAUCUCAGGGCAUAUACUAACUGGAGAUACCAGGCUGCAGAGAAGACCCGUGUCGGAGUGCGUCUGCUGGGUCACUUCUUGCGGGGCUCGUCCUUCCAUGGAGCUCCUAAAGAACAGAUGGAGAUCAUAGAGAUCCCACUGUUUGAACCACCGCUGUGUGUGUCGUGCUGCACGCUCACAGGUGAUCUUCUGGUGGGCUGUGCCAAGAGUCUGGUGGUCUUCAGUCUGAAGCGACAGAUACUGAGCGAGCAGCUCUUUGUGCUGGACUUUGAGCGGGUUCUGAUUCUUCACCUGCAGGGCUGGAGCCCAUCUCAGGUGGCCUUCUGUGGUGGAUAUGUGGCUCUGCAAUGUGAGCUAGAGGUGCUGGUGGUGAAACUCACACAGCAGCAGAAGAACAGUAAGGCCGCUGGGGAACACGCACUGCUGCCAGAAGAUAUCAUGACUGAAGCUGGCUUAGAUGAAGAUGCAGAGAAGAAGAAAGAAGGCUUCAGCCCCCUCUAUGAGCAAGAGGACUUCUUUGUGUUCCCAAAGCAUCAGGAGUUGUUGGGCAGUGAAGCCCAGGACUGUGGCGUCUCUAUAGUUCUGGAGUGGACUGGUAUAGAGGCAGAGAGCCGAGGGGACAUGAAUGUAGUUUAUGUCUUAUACAGGAGGUUUGCACCUGAUUUCUUUCAAGGUUGCAGCGUAGAGGAGACACACUUGCAGUCCCUACAGCUCCACCCCUUGUUUACUGAUAAGGAGGAAGAAACCACCAUCUCAAUACGGAGGGAACCUACUUGUAUGUUUGUUUUCUUCUCGUUGCCGAACACCGGCUACAUUUACAGCUUGAAGAACUCAGUAGAGCUCGUGUCCACAUACCAGUACCCAGAGAAGGCCCUUCAGUCUGUGCUCACUGACCAGUUCCUCUACGUCAUCACCAGGAAUGCUCUGCAGUGUUUUACUGUGAGGUGCAGUGCCGUAGCAGCUCGGUUGGAUGAUCCGUACAUCGACACCACCAUGAAGGCCUGUCCACCCUGCACAAUGGAGGUUUGUGCUCUGAGGAUCCAGCUCUUCAUCGGCCUGAAGCUUCUCUGUCAUGAUGGGAAUCACAUUGUUCUCCUCACAGCUGCAGAUGUGGAUAGCAGAGAGGACAUAGACAGAGCUAACCGCAAAAACAUUGAAUCAAGGGAACACAGAACCCUGACAGGCAUUUUAGUAGCUGUAGGUCUAGAGCCAUCCUCAACACCCGCUCUGGAAAACCUUCUGUCCAGAUCCUUCCUAUCCAGAAAGACCUCCAUGUCCAAAUCCACAGAGCCAGUUGACAGCGCUCAUGGCUGGAACCUCUAUGUCAUCAGUUCUGUGUCCACACUGCAGCUCUACAGAGAAAUAGUGGAAUACAGCAGGAGAUACGAGCAGGCGAGUCCUAUGUCUCAGAGCUGUGUUCAUCUGCUCAGUGAAGCUCAUCUGUUGCUGCGGGCGGCACUGCUCACACGACAGUCCUGUGAACCUGGUGAGAGAGCUCAGCUGCAGGAUGCCUUUCAGGAGAGCUGCGCUCACUUAGGAGACUGUUUCAGCAGGUUUGACAAGAAGGAAUUUCAUUUGGCCCUGCCGUACUAUAAGAUGUCUGGUCUGUCUGUGACUGAAGUUAUUCAGAGGAAUAUGGCCAUGUGCAGGCCCUCCUCUCAAUAUGGCAAAGGAUUCAUCUUCUUCCUCAAACAUUCACUGUAUGAGGAAACUGUGGAGGAGCUCAGUGAGGACAUGGCCACUAAAGUGCUGGAGAUCUUUAGUGUAGCUGAACCUGCUCAGAUUCCUCAUGUGGUGAGCAGUCCGUCCAUGCUGAGAGCAGAUCCUAACAUCGCCAUGACCCACCUGAGACAACUGGAGGGCUCUGGUUCCUCUUCCAUCACCCUGUCCCUCUGUAUGGCCUCUCUGGCUCUGAGGAAUGGCGACUUGCACAGUUACAGGCAGCAGAUGGACUGCCACUCCGAGAUGCUGCAGGUGUACGGCUUCAUAGAAGAGCCCAAACUCUUGUUGCAUGGCAGAGGAAAGCGCCUGAUGCCCACUAUACUAGCACAACACCUGCGCGACACACAGGAGGGGCUGCUGGUGGCCGCAGUCGUAGCGCUGCUCGAAAACCGCAAAAUCCGACUGGAGGAGGCAGAUUGUUUCUUCCAAGAGUUGUGUAGUGAUGGUGCUGAAGUUCAGAUUAGCCCUCAGUUGCUAGUGGAUUUCUGGGAGGCACUGUUAGUGGCAUCCACUCAUGACUCCAUCAUACAAGAGCUGCUCUUCCGCCUCACAUCGGUCUACAUCGACCGCAUAACACACAGAGAUCACGACACUGUCAAAGCACUCAAAACCGCAGAGGACCUGAUAAACUCAUGCUCUCAUUAUGGGAUGUUGCAUCCGUGGGUGAACAUCAUGACACCGGUGCAGUUCAACAUCACCGAUGACCAUCAAGAGGACCUACGCAAACUUCAGUCUUUGCUAUGUGGGCCAUCGCUGGAGGUUUUGUCCAUCUUGCCUCUGUUGGAGCAGCUUUCUGAGACUGAUAACAGCGGCCUCAGUGUGCACGUGCUCUGCGCCACCAAACUGGGCCAACACGAGAGCUCCAUUGACAGACUCCUGGAGCGCUGUCCGCAAGCCAUCAUCUCUUAUGCAAACCACGAGCUACAGAAUGACAAACUGUGUCUGUGGUGGCAGAAGCUUUUCCCCGAACUCUGUGAGAGAAUCAGAAUGACAGGAAAUGACAACACUAUUCUGCUCUCAGCACUCAAAGAAACUCUACUAGUGGUGUCUGUACAGUUGAACCCAUUAGAGUUCCUGGACUUGCUGCCAGAUGAUGGAACGGCUCAUUUCUUCCUGCCUCAUCUCCUUAAAUGCAGUCAAAGAAAUGUCAUGACAUGAGUCGUCAUCCAUUGGGAUAUUUUAGACAAUCAAUAAAUAUUGCAUCAUUCAACACAAAAUCUAUUUA